CGGUUGCGCGUUGACGUCUCUGGAAAAUACACUUUUGUCAACAAACCGCACCAUGGCGUUCCUGGGCCGCAUUUUUCGCCGGGGAAAUCAUUUUGUUACCCUUAAACAGUACGAAAACGUGCAAGUGGCCCGCGGAAAUCCUCAAGAUCUUGUACAGAAGGUAGCGGUAGCCGAAGGAGGCAAUUGUUUUGUAGCCUGGCAUCCGAAGCCGGAGUUUCCGUACGAGUUCAGCAAACCGAUUGAUGUAGCUGUGCCGGAAGCGAAUGUGAACUUGGUGCGAGAUGACAUAAUCAACAGCAGCCGAGGAGCGUUGAAAGCUAAGCAUCCCGAAUUUGUGCGCCAGGAAUUGAGCAAACUUACGUUCACAACGAAACACCGGUGGUUCCCGAGAGCACGUGAUAAGCGAGCCAAAAAGACACCCAUGGAUCGUACUUACCUAUAGUUGGUGUUGGCGGACAAUUGUUAACUCCAUCGUUUGUACAAUAAAAGUAACACAAGUAAAGUAGAGUGUAUUCUCAUCUGCGCUAAUCAAA